UAAUAAUAAUAAAACGCGGAAUGGAAGAACCAGAAGCAGUUCUUCGUCUUCCUCCUUCGCACAUCGUCACGAAUCUUACAACAAUUCUGCUCAUAAUCAGGUAAUACAGCACGCUUAUUUCAACAGGCAUGCAGCUGUAGGCUGCCGCGGUAGAUGGACUGUGUUUUCUGUGAGAUGUUUGUCCAUAGAUGUCUGUUUUGGUGUUCCGACUCCAUUUUGACACCGUUUACCAAAUUGGAAAGUAGAUGUGACCUUCGUUUUAUAUAAGGAUUUUUGGAAUUUCUGAUUUUUCGAUGCUUGUUGCUGCAGUAAACUGGAUUUUUAAUUUUGGCUUUUAAUAUAUUGCCUGUCUGUGCGUAAUUCAAUUGAUUCAAUUGAAGGACCUAUGGAGAAUUUCGCGGCCGAAUAAGAUACUGUAUAUAAUUUGACUAUCAUAUAGUUCUCGAUGAAAGGCUUCUGCAGAGUGACCGUGUUUUGAUUGGAAUCUCCUGUUGUUGGUGGAGUUUUUGGAUAGAAUUUUACUUUCAGAUUGGCUAGGAAUCAUCAGUUCUUAAAGUAUAUUUGGGGGAAAAAAACUGUUGAACUAUUGUAGGAUCGAACCACUACAAUUGCUUUCUUCAGAAACCAUGGAUGAUGGGGAGCUUGAGCUCUCAGACCAACAGUUGAUUCUGAAUUCAGAAUCUUCAAGUAGUAUUCAACCAACACUCUCAUCAGAUUUAUUUCUCGACGGAUUGUUGAGAACUGCACAAACAUGCACGCACACUCACACCUGCAAUCCACCGGGACCAGACGCCACACACACCCACACAUGUUACCAUACCCACACUCAUGUGAUCCCUUCCAAUGAAGAUAUUGCCGGGACACAGGAUGGGAAAAAAACUCCGGUUUCGAAGCCUCAGAGGCCGGCCGGGAAUAGGGAAGCCGUUAGGAAGUAUCGGGAGAAGAAGAGGGCCCAAACAGCUUAUUUAGAGGAGGAAGUAAAGAAACUGAGAAUGGUGAACAGGGAGCUGAUGAGAAAGUUACAGAAACAGACGGUUCUCGAAGAAGAAGCUUCGAGGCUCAGAGCUCUCCUCCUCCAUCUUAAAGAAAAGAUUGACGAUGAACUGACUGAUUUCCCCUUCCAAAAACAGUGUAGUAUUAAUACUGUAAAUGCUUUCAGGGAGGACGAAUGUAGGGUUCCUCCACAGGUGAAUGGCGCAGAUUGUAGCCUCCCCGGCGCACCAAUUCUAUCCAACAGUGUAGAUGGAUAUGGAAACCUGUUUCCUGUUCGGGAUCAUCCUGGAAGUUUGAGCUAUGUAGAAAAUGCUGGGAAAUGCUUGCAGGACUCGGCUCCCCCAGAGUGAAGGUAUGCUUUAUGCUUUCCUAAUGGAUGAUGUUAGAUAAUAAUGCCGUACAUGAAAUUAUACGUGAUAUGUCUAUAUAUUUACACACAUAUAUAGGUACAUACAUGCAUAUAUAUAUAUAUGUGAUAGUGUAUAUAAAGGAAAGGGAUUUAGCUAUUUGAGGUAUAUACGAUCUUUUGCUGUGAUUAAUUGCACCUAAUUGCAUGCCUUGUGUGUAGUUUACGUCUGUUGUUAGCUCAAUCGUUUUGUGUUGAGAUUAUAAUCUUGAAUUUAAAUAACUUCCUUUGGUGAUGUGUCGAGCAUUUAAACUUUAAGAAUCAUCAUCGAUCACAACUGUCAAUUCCUUUCUUCUUUACCUUACUUUAAUAAGAAAUCGGUGUUAGAUGUAAUAUUUAGAACGGAAAAUAGAUGUUGUAGAUAUUGUUUAUAGGGAAGGUUUUUUAGAAAAUGUUAAUUGUAUUGUACAUGGAUAAAAUUACAAAAAACAGAUUUGGCCGUGAAUGGUUGGGUUCGUCUCGGUGAGUUUAUUUACAUUAUCUAUCUUUAAAUUUUAGCAUAGCAUAUUAGAUAAACAUAGCUUGUUAGUCAUUUGGUAAAAUAAAUCAAAUUUAGGGUCUAAGGUACACUUUUUGUUUCAAUAAUGUUGGAAUCGACUGUAGUUAUUCUUGGAGCUCUCUAAAGUAAAUCCUAUAUGACAAACUCGACCAAGAAUGGUUGGUAGGGUUUGAAUCCUAUAGAACCUUUUAUGGUACAUUUUUGAGUCAGGUUUGUUUUAGGGUGGAUGUGCAACAAAUAAGGUUGUGUUUUUUAUUGAAAGUUUUAUUUUUGGUAAUAUAUAUAUAUAUAUAUAUUAGGUACAUAGUGUCUGCUUUAGCUGAUUUGAUUAUAGCAAGACCAAUUCAUCAAAUUCUGAAAGUGAAUUGAAUUGAAUUCAUGCAAUGGUUUUUCUACUACUUAUUUCUACAAAUGACAAAUAACUUUGUGGUUUGUGAGAUAGUGAAAGAGUGCAGUCUAUCUUUAAACAAAUUAUGGAAGGCAUUUUUUAAUUUUAGGGUCUCUAUGAUAUGAAAUACUGAAAGAUAUGUGAAAUGAUAUCAUUUCAGAAUUAAGUAUUAGUAUAUUUUUAUUAAUAUGUUCCUAACUAGUUUUAUACACAAAUGUUGUUUAAG